GCCUGCUUUCUCCUUGUGGUUCAGUCCUUUGGCUAAUGUGAAAGGCCACGCAGAAGUUCUGGAGUUGCUUUUUGUGCUUGACAAAAGUGCACAGAUAGACGACAGGGAUCCCCGGCUGGGAGGAGGGAGGAGAGCUGAAGACCCCCGCCUGGGCUGGCUGACCUAAGCAGUCCAAGUGGGAAGCUGAGUGCUGAAAGAGGAUUAUGCUCGCACUAGAAAUAAGCAGUAAGUGAGCGAAUGGCCAUUAUGGCUUAGAAAAGGAUUAAUCCCCCUGGGGUUAUGGGGUGAAUUAGAAAUUAUUGCUUAACUCUUGAGUAAAACUGUAAGGCUCUGACUCUGAGUACAGCUGUCUGCUGUUCGGAGACGAGGAAUUUAAGUACAAAGUCAGACUCUAAAUGCCUCCUCCCACUUUUAGAAAAUGCCAACUUCUACUCACAGUAGUUGGGGAUAUAUAUAUAAUCUUCUUCCCUGAUGUAGCCUUUUCCCAGGAAAUUUUACUACUAAAUUAGAGAAGGAGCUGGGAUUAAGUUGGAAAGGUGGAAUUUGGUGUUGGCAGAAAUUGCAGUCUGGAAUUAUCUUCUGUGAAUGCUGACAAUGUUGUAUCAAUUAGCAGUGAUUUGCUAAUCACAAGAAAGUCUGGGAAGGGGCAUUAAAAAGGGAAAAUGGAGAGAGAUUAGGACAAAGGGGCUGAGGACAAAGGGGCUGAGUAGUCCGUGUGGGGGAUGAAAUAGAUGUAUAUAAUUAAUAAUAGAUGGGGUUUUUUUUUAAGCAAUAAAUUAGACCAGCAGUCAUUAAAUUAGAAGCGCCUGGAUAAAAAUUAGUUAGAAAAGAAAAUUUUAGUUUCAGUGGCUUUUUGUGCUAGCCAAAAUUUAACAAUAUUUAUAAAGUCAAGACAAUGAUUCAGGGAUACUUGAAGUAUUGCCGUACUUUAUAAAUACUGUUGCUGGGCAAGAUCUGUGGUUCUCUGGUUAGCAAGCUCUGGCAAUGAAGCCACUGUCGCUGGUGCAAAGAAUUCUGGGAUGUCUGACAGUGAAAUGGAUGGAAGGACCCACAUUCCAUCUCUACUUAAUGUCCUUUUGUCCAGAAAUUGGGUCAUGCAGAUCAGCUACUUGAAAAGUAAAGAAAAAGGAUAUGGAAAACUAAGCAGUGAUGAAGACCUCGAAAUAAUUGUUGAUGAAACCCAGGUAGUAGGUGUAACCUUGAAGAAAAAGUGGCACUGCCUUCAAAAAAGUGACCUGACCCUGGCUUUGGGAAAAGGCUCUAGGGCGGCAGAUAAGGCUGUUGCCAUGGUGAUGAAGGAGAUACCGAGGGAGGAGUCUGCUGAAGAAAAGCCCCUCCUUACUAUGACAUCACAGCUGGUGAAUGAACAGCAAGAAAGCAGGCCCCUCCUGAGUCCCUCCAUCGAUGACUUUCUCUGUGAAACCAAAUCGGAGGCAAUAGCAAGGCCAGUUACGUCCAACACAGCCGUACUGACCACAGGCUUAGAUCUCCUUGACCUGAGUGAACCCGCCUCUCAAACCCAAGCCAAAGCCAAGAAGCUGGAGGCUUCAUCGAAAACCUCAUCCCUCAAGAAAAAGGCAGAUGGAUCUGACCUCAUCAGUGCAGAUGCUGAGCAGAGAGCCCAGCCUCUCCGAGGCCCAGAGACAUCAUCUUUAGAUUUAGACAUUCAAACACAACUGGAAAAAUGGGAUGAUGUUAAGUUCCAUGGAGAUCGAAAUAGUAAGGGGCAUUCAAUGGCAGAGAGAAAGUCAUGUUCAUCUAGAACUGGAUCAAAAGAACUCUUAUGGACCUCAGAGCACAGAUCUCAACCCGAACUGAGUGGAGGGAAAAGCGCCCUGAACUCUGAGUCUGCUUCAGAGUUGGAAUUAGUGCCUCCAACACAGGCUCGACUCACCAGAGAACAUCGCUGGGGCAGUGCAUUACUCUCCAGAAAUCACUCCUUAGAAGAGGAAUUUGAAAGGGCAAAAGCAGCAGUGGAGUCAGAUACGGAGUUUUGGGAUAAGAUGCAAGCCGAAUGGGAAGAAAUGGCCCGGAGGAACUGGAUAUCGGAGAACCAGGAAGCCCAGAACCAAGUUACAGUCUCAGCUAGUGAGAAGGGAUAUUACUUUCACACCGAAAACCCAUUUAAGGACUGGCCUGGAGCAUUUGAAGAAGGCUUAAAAAGGCUGAAGGAAGGGGACCUGCCAGUCACCAUCCUGUUCAUGGAGGCAGCAAUUCUGCAGGACCCUGGAGACGCAGAGGCUUGGCAGUUCCUCGGGAUAACCCAGGCAGAGAAUGAAAAUGAGCAAGCAGCUAUUGUCGCCCUCCAGAGGUGCUUAGAAUUACAGCCCAACAACUUGAAAGCUUUGAUGGCUUUGGCUGUGAGUUACACUAACACCGGCCAUCAGCAGGAUGCCUGUGAAGCUCUAAAGAAUUGGAUUAAGCAAAAUCCGAAGUACAAAUAUCUUGUGAAGAGCAAGAAGGGAUCUCCAGGCCUCACCCGGCGGAUGUCUAAGUCUCCAGUUGAUAGCUCUGUUCUGGAAGGAGUGAAGGAAUUAUAUCUGGAAGCUGCCCACCAAAAUGGAGAUAUGAUCGACCCAGACCUACAGACAGGUCUGGGAGUUCUGUUCCACCUCAGCGGAGAAUUUAAUAGAGCAAUAGAUGCAUUUAACGCUGCCUUAACUGUUCGGCCAGAGGACUAUUCGUUAUGGAACCGUCUCGGGGCGACCUUGGCCAACGGAGACCGCAGCGAGGAGGCUGUGGAGGCCUACACACGAGCACUGGAGAUUCAGCCGGGCUUCAUCCGAUCCAGAUACAACCUGGGAAUAAGCUGUAUCAACCUGGGCGCCUACAGAGAGGCAGUUAGCAAUUUUCUCACUGCCCUCAGUCUGCAAAGAAAGAGCAGGAAUCAACAGCAAGUUCCUCAUCCCGCAAUCUCUGGGAAUAUCUGGGCUGCCCUCAGAAUCGCACUUUCCCUGAUGGACCAGCCGGAACUCUUCCAGGCGGCUAAUCUCGGGGACCUAGAUGUCCUCCUGCGAGCUUUCAACCUGGAACCUUGAAGGAAAGGAAAAAUAAUAAUAAUAAUCCCUCAUACGUGUUAUAGUACUGAGAAAUGCAACACUAUUUUAUUAUGAAUUCCAAAAAGGAUAAACCAGAUGUCCAAAGGCCAUGGUGAUAUAGCCCACGGGAAUUCCUCCUGACAACGCCCAGUCUCUGUUCAGAUUCAAAAGCACAAAAUGUUGUAUAUACAGUCAAAGUCAGGUUUGAAAGAAGAAUUGGGAGAUACAAGACCAACCAUGAUAAAGUAACUGUGUGAAGACUCUUCACAGUCUACAAGCAUAUUGCAAAACAGGUUCUUUGGGGGUUUUGUCUCCACUUGCAGAUGAUGACACAUCUAAGAAACUUGCUCACGGGACACCUGGAGAAAGCACUGCCUCAGAUCACAGAAUUCUGAGUGUUUCUCAACUGUCCCUUGAAAUUCCCCCUUUGACAAGAUUGAACAUAGUUUGGGCCAAGGUGCAUGCACAUACAUUAACUCUUGACUAAAGAGAGGCAUUGCUUUAACUGUUCCAAUUUUAACUUUUACUGUAGCCCCUUGAUUCCAGAGAAGGAGCUUUGCUGGCAAAAGCAGUUUUUGCACUAGAAAUUUUUGCUGUUCCCAAUCAGAACUUUUCUGGGACUGUAUAUAUGCACUUUAAUAUCUUGUUUAUGCCUUGCUGGAGUUUUGUUUUGUUGCUCCAAUUUUUAACUUGGGGGUGGAAGAGUUAAGAACUCAGCCUUGUUAGAUCAAUGGACCAAAUAAAAAUUCCUGAAAAUCGUUUUCAUAGUGUAGGGUUUUGAAGGAGUGUUUUUCUCAAAACAGAUAUGACAUAGAGUAUAACGAUGUCAAACUGAAACCUUACUCACGUGCUUUCUGGGACUAUAUGAACUUAAGCAAGAGAUAGGAUCCUGUCUCUUCAUGCAUUCUCUGUAGGGAGAGAAUUUGAUGAUGUGGUUUCUAUUUACUUGCUUAAAUGUCAUAUCUCACUUGCUUUCUAACUACCCUGCACACCAAUAUUCCCUUUAAAAUGUUAAUAUUUUAAAUAGUAUUUCUUAAAAGUGAUACAUUUUUCCUAAAUAUUAUGUGUUUUCUUAGUUCCAUAAUCUGCACCACUCACUCUUUUGCAUUCUAAGGACAGAAGAUCAGUAUUUUCUAGCUGAAUCUCACUGAAUAUCCAUGGUUUAAUAGGAAAGAUGCAUGCCCUUUUGACUCUCAUUUUGAACUUUUAUCAAGUAUCAAGGACUUCGUGUUGGCAGUGAUGCUUUAAUUGGUUACAUUCCACCCAGUUCUUCAGAGUGUUUUGUGCCUGUUGGUUAUUUGGAAAGACAUCAUUUUUUUAAGGAAUUAGAAAAAUUGCAAAAUGUUAACCAAAAUAUAAUUUCACUAAUGUCCAAUCUAGUAAUUUGACCUAGUAAGUUGUCCUGUUCUUCUUCAUCUUGUCCCCAUCUUUCCUCAAGAAUCUUCCCCCAAGCAAUACGAUCCCAACUUUUUCUUUAGGUUCUUUGGUUAAUAAUAGCUGGUUAUAUGCAUGAUUAUAAUUACCAAGCAAAAGAGCAUUUGGGUCAAGAUAGUUUAAUUGACUGAGGAGUUAGCUUCCAUGUGGGGUGCAGUGUGUGCACAUGCUGAGAAAGCAAACUCUAGGUGCAGGCAGAACUCUUCUCCUGUUACCUUGGAAAUCCCUGGGAAGAGGCCACAGGGAAAUGUGAAACCACAAGUCCUUGAGGUUUACAUAUAUUAUAAGCUACUCUAGUUAUAAACAAAUUGUUGAGGGUGUUGUGGUGGUUGGUGCCAGGCUUUUUCCUUCAUUGUCAAAGCUCACCUGGGCAAGGUGCUGCCUCCAGGUGGACAGCAGGAGGCAGAGGCAUUAAGGCAUUUACUGUUGGGCAGUAGCGACAGCUCAGUCUUUAGCCUACUUCCCUGCAGUUUCAGAAGCUCAACAACAUUUUCAAAAAUGGUAUUCUUUGGAAUGUUAGAAUCCUAGAAACUCAGUCCAGGAAGGAAUCUUGAGGAGCCUCCAAUUCAUCACAAUUCCUGCUUAAAUAUCCCUGAUAGAGUAGGUUCCACUGUCUCUGCUCCCCUUCCCAACCCCUGUGCAUUCCCGGGCUGGCCAGGUGACUUGCAUCUAUCAUAGUCCAUUAGGAGCCUCUGAACAAAGGAUUCAAAGCAAACUUUUUCAGAGGUUUUGCUCAUGGUGCCAUUCUAUUCUUUCAAUAGUAACUGAAUUAACAAUUAUGACAAGCUGCUUUCUUAGCUUUACUGGCAUUACAUACAUGAGACCAGCAACAAUUUAAAGCCUGACAAUAAGAGUUAUUUUUUAUUAUAUUUUAAUUAAAUGUGGGAUACUUUAAUAUAAUUUGGUUGUUGCUAAGUAGUGGCAUAUUUGGGGGUCCAAGUUUUGUUUCACUAUUGGAAUACAAUGUAACUUCAAACUCCAACGACUUGUGUUAGGGGAAAGUAGACAAUUUUCCGUUUCCCCUUAUAAUUUGGUAAUUUGCAGACCAUGUAGUGGGACUUUCUCCCAUAUGUCUGCUGUCCACCAGAACCAAGAUUUUCAUAAGCUGUAGCCUGUCAGGAAAUGGAGAAUUAUUGCCCAAGACAUUCUUCAAUAUUUUUAAAUAAAAUUAAGUAGAAAGUUACUAAAAAGCAAGGAAAAGUUUAUAGAAAUAAGAGUACCACCAAAAACUAAGUAGCAAGAUUUUACUAUAGUCUUUAUUGUAUAUGUCUUUUUUUAAAAGUAUAUGCAUGCACACUUUUUAAAGGCAGAGCAACAUUUGGGCAUCUUAUUCUCAUCUUGUAAAAUUACUCUUUCCAUUUGAAAGGGUAGGGUGUCCUUGAUUCCCUUUGGGGGCACUCUGGGAAGGCUUUGAGUUGCUUGUUUCUUGUGUUACUGAGUAGUAACCUAAUAUCUCUUAGAGGAUGGUACAAUUUUACCAGAAUGGCCAUUCAGGUGCCUAGAUGUGACUUUUAAGGACCGAUCUCACCAGUAGGUGAGAUGAAAAUGCAGAGGCCAGUGAUUACUGAUGAAUUUUCAAAAUUUAUAACUAUGUGUCAUAGGCUGUUUCUGUGUGCUCCUGUACCUUCACAGUGAGGAGGAGGGGAGGCACGGGGAAGAGGAAAACAGACAAAGCAUCCACUUGCUGGGCCAUCAUACUGAGUCAUCAUUCCCCUUGCUUUUUCCCAAGAUGACUCCUUAAAAGAAGGGCAGAUCUUGUCAACAAGGGAACUUCAACAGAAAACUGAGCUGUACUUUCUCAGCCAAUCUGUAUUUCAACUAGAAUGGCAAAUUAGUGAUACUUAACUGGGUUAGAAUGUCUAGGACACACUUGCAGAAUUUUAUGCCACGUUCCUUACUAUUUUCUUUAAAGAGAGCUAUUAUGUCGACUCUUAGACCCAUGUCUAGAUAGUCAUACUAGAUAAAUCUUUCUAGUAUAUUCUUGCUAUACAAGCAAGACUUGAACACAACUGUAGCUAAUCCCAUUUAUGACAGGAGUUGCCAAACUCUAUACCUGAACUUUAUCUGUGAGCUCCUUGGGAAUAGAAAGCAAGAUGAUCAUUUUGUGUCGCCUCCUCAUUUGCCCUUGCAUCGGUUCCAUAAGAGUGCACUGUACUUUACAUUAGUUGUCCCUGCUAUUGUUUUUAUACCUUGAAAUUCCUCUAAAAGCAUUGUAGGAACAGGGUACUCUGAAGGCUUAAUUUGUGUGCCAUUUCUUUGAGGUUUCCCAUUUUAGAAAUUAUUACAGAUGCACACACAUAAUUUCAACUUUGUAAAAUAAUUUCAAAUAUAUUCCCUCUCCAGAUUUUACUGAAGUGUCCCUAGCAUCUCAGUAUUUAUAGAACUGAUUGAACUUAAACUGUUUUGAACUAAGAAGUAGAGAGAUAUAUAUAUUUUUUUAAAGAGUGUUCAUAGAUGAACUCUGGCAUAAGGUUUGUAAAAAGGCAGUUUUUAAAAGUAAAACAUAUAACCUCAGGUACGAAAAUAACGCAUGCAUUAUUAGUACUUGCAAAGCUGCCUACUCAAACAUUAACCAAAGCAUGCAAGAUAACAUUACUGAAUGUAAAUUUACCCAGUGCAUGGUUAAGUCUCAUAGGUUAGCUUGUUUUUCCUUGCUUCUGAACAAGGAAGCAUUUUCAUGAACUUUAUGUUACAGUUUUUCUGUUUGUUUUUGAUAUCCUAUCCUUGAGAUUAUUUUCAUGCUAUCCCAAUAAACUUUUCAGAUAUUCACAGGUCUGGUUUAUGCAGUGUUGCAGCCAGGGCCAAACUAGUACUCUGAGGAAUCCAGGUACUUAGACAUCCAAACGAUUUUUAAAACCUAGUGGAGGCACAACAGAUCUAAAACUGAAACAAAAUCUAUGUCUAAAUGCUACUGAAUCAUGCUGAUUGCCUCAGUGCAAUCUGGAGUUCUAAAUUCUAAGCAGUGCAUUUCAAACUUUUCCAAAAGUUAAGGAAUAAAUUAGAAAUACUGAUGUUCUAAAUAAGGUGGUGAAGUUAAGGCAAUGUCAGUCAUAUGAAAACCAUCAUAAGGCAAAGGGGACACGGGGCCUUAAUUUCCACAAAUGCCACAUAGUGAGUGUGUGGGGUGUCACACCAUUGUCUCAAAACUACCCUAUUUACAUGGCAGAUGAGCUAUUUGGGCCUACAUCACUUGAGACAAUAGACUUGGUCAAAGUGUCUAAACAUACUGAAAGCCAGGGGUGACAAGGUGAUUUCAUGGUUACACGGAACCAACGCUGAAGUCCUCUCACUGCAUUUUACUUUAGCCACUGCUUCAUGAAAAAAAUGAGACCAGAAAUAGAGGAAGCAAAGCUCAGAAGAUGUCAGGGGAUCUUAUGUCAAUAACAGCUUGGUCACCACUUCAUACACACCUGUGCCCCCCAACAUGCAUACUUAUGAGCUCAAAGACAGACUUCCCCAAGCAAGAGCAAGACCAUUGUGUGGAGGCAUGAGACAGUGAAGAGGGGAGGACAAAAAAAAUUAAAUUGUGAGGUUUUACAAGUUUUGAUGCAGGACUUUGCUUUGAAUAAAGUUUCCACUACCUGGAACCUCUGCAGAAAUACCAAAAUAACACACUCUAGAACAAGUGCCCAAUCUCAGAACUGUUUCCUCAGGACCCUGGUUACAAGAAAAUACUAACUUGCAAUUUUGCAGGGCAUUGCAGCAAAACCCUCACAGGCUCUUCGGUACACUUUUAGAAACCUGCACUCAAAAUAAUACUAAGGUGAAAAAAAGGAGGCAGUUCUUUGCUCAAAAAUAAAACUUGUGUAGUUUUCUUUAAAUUUCUUGGAGAUGGAAAUGCUUUUAAAAAAAAAAAAA